AUGCGUUUGAAAUUAUACCUCCCACAAUUAGAAUACAUUCCACAUUACCUGGCUAAUAAUAAUCACAUUCUAAUAUUACAUUCAAUGGAUCUACACACCUUACAAAACAGCUUAUUUGAACAACGCAAAUAUACAUUUCGAUUUACAAUGGAUUACUUAAAAUGGUUUAAUUGUCUCAUUUUAUUAUCAGUUAUAGUUUCCACAAUAAAUCCACUUGAUAACAUCCCCGAUUCCGUUUAUCCGGAUGACAUAUUAAACGAAGAACCAGAAAAUAUGGAAAACUUUUAUCGACAGGAUCGUUCUACAUUAUUUCCACGAGUUGGAAGAUCACAUACAGGCAGAUUAAACAGAUUGAGACGAAUCCUAACGAAGAAUUCGAAUUUCGCUGUUGAUUCACGGGAACGAGCUGUUCGUAGUAUGCACUACGGAGAGUAAACGGAUCAUUUAACUUAAUCAAUGCAUUGUAUGCUAAUCUCAUUGUUAGCAUAAUGAUAAUUAUAACAAGUAAUAUGAAUGAAUAUGUGAACGUUUUCAAAGUAUGAGUAAUAAUAAACUAUUGCUUUGAAGUGUG